CCAGGAUCCAUGUUGUGUCUUACCAUUCCUUAUCUCCCAAACUAUUGUGAAAUUUUUGAAACGAAUUUAGUUCAAUAGUAGACAUUUUCGUCGAUAUAGACCACACAACGCACCCCGAAAUCUCUACUGCCUGUGAGUGAAAAAACAUUUUGUGUUUAAAAUUUCGUUUUUUAAAAUUUUUUCAAAAUUAUCAAUUUUGCAAGUCAUGUAUCUCAAAGGUAGAGCAACGAAAUAAAAUAUUUUUUUCUACCAAUCGAUAGCUUAUGGAGUUCCCUAGAAAUAUUGUCUUGGGAGUUUUUGAAUCUCAUGCUUUCUUUAUUUUAUGCAAACUUUCUACGAAUGGGCCAAAAAUGACCCAAGGGGGUGUAAAGGGAUAAACAAACUAUUUUAAAUCUCCCAACUUCAGAAUCAAGUAAAGUAGAUUUAAAAUGUUGUCACUAUUUGAGAUUACUCCAUUUAUAAUUAAAUGAACACUUUUCUAUGUUCACAUAUUUAAAAUUGUUAACAGAAGUUGUCGUAUGAUAUAGUGUCCGUAACUAAAUAAACAUAUUUAAAAAACCAAGUUUCUUUUGUUAAUUUUAGAGAGCGUUUUAACGAUAUACAAACAAAAUUACAUGGUUUAAAUUUUAACGAUCGUUAUGUAUUAAACGACGACAAAGAUAAUUAUUAUCCAUUUAAUUACGUUGAUAAUUAUUUUAAAUACGAUGAUACUUUACCUUUAAAACAUCAGAGUGAUGUACAAAUAACUGAAAACGAGAAAUCAUUAACAAAUACUAUUGAAUUAACGCACAAACCAGAAGUCGUUAAACAAUUAUCAGUACCAUUUACCAGUCCUCGAUCAUCAGUUGCUUUUGCACAAUUACCUACUUCAAACGAUCAAGUAUCCAUAUUAGAUAAACGUCAUGUUUCAGUUUAUUUAAAUCGUAUUGAAAAUCAUACAGAAGUUAUUCUUCCACCAGAACAACAACAGCAACAGUUUGAUUGGAUACAUUUUUCCUUUCGUCCUCCAUCUCCUCUCUCGUCUAUAUCACCCACAUCGUCCACAAUGUCUUACAUGUAUAAUUCUGUUCCUCGACAACGAAAUGUUCAUUGGAAUGAAAAUAAUAAUUCUCUUAGAAGACUGAAACGUUCUGCCAGUCAAUAUAAUACAAAUAAUUUAAAUGAAAAAAAUAAUCAUACAAAAUAUUCUUCUGAAACAACAAUGACUGGUCAACGUAUCUCACUUGCUGCUAGUUUACCAUUUGAUACAAGAUUAAAUAUUCGUAUACAAGCGGAUCGUUCAUCAAAAUCACAACAUCAAAAUGAAAAAGAUGAUGAUCCAAAUCGUAUCAAAGCCACGGCAUCGAUUGAAUCAUUAGAUCCGGCUAAUGAACAUAUUCAUUUUUCAAAUGUUAAUAAAUAUUAUCAACAACAUUAUUCAACGGUUGAUAGUUCAUCAACAGCCGAAGCAACAAUGCAUUUUUAUCAUCCAAAUCGUCAAACACAUAAGCAACAAUAUUAUGGUGACAGUGAUGAUUUAUAUAUUCAUAAAAUACCUAAAACAAGAAAAAUAUCAUUGCCAAUAUCAUUACCCAUUGAUAAACGAAUGCGUUUGUAUAUACGAGAUGGUGAAGUGUUAGCACGAUGUUGA